GUCCAGCAUUCGGGAACGGAACCGGAAUAUCCGCCAUCUCCUUGUACAUUUCAAGCUACAUCAGGGUCAGUAUAGACUUGUUUUAGCUGUUUAUUGUGGUUUGUUCUCAAAAUGUAUGAAACAUUAUAGUUUGUAUUUAAACAGUAGUCAUUCCAUAUCCAUCAACGUGUCGUAGGGAAGGGGUGUCAGUCAAGCUGAUCACAAAUGCCACCCGUAUGCCAGUUUGGAAUAGCUAGCUAGGUAGGCUAGCUUGCUAGCAACAGGGCUUGUCAACGUAUGGACGUGUGAUUCUAUCGUCCACUUAUUUUGCUAGUGCUAGUCUAGCUAGUUAGUCAGACAGCUAAGUAAAUAGUGAUUCAAUAUCGUGGCCGGAAAAUAUUCAAGCUGCCCGCUUUCACCCCGCUUUGCUUUACUUCACUUACCCUUUAACAACCCGUGAACAAGGCGAAUGUGAUCGUCAUUGAGAAGACAGUGAAAUACGUUUCUAUUGGCUCCAAAUCUGCGGUUCUGGGACCCGAUGUCGCCGUGCCGACAGGCGAACAGGCUGAGACAGAGCACUCCGUAACCAAGGGGAACCUGAGAGAGAGUGAGAGAGUGAGAGAGUGAGAGAGUGAGAGAGUGAGGGAGAGAGAGAGAGUGUGUGUGAAGGGAGAGACUGACUCCCAGAGCCUGCACCAUUUCAGUAACAGAUUCCUGUGGAACCCGACAGCCAGACGGUUGCCAUGUCGACCUCAUCGCUACGGCGACAAGUGAAGAAUAUCGUCCAUAACUACUCGGAGGCUGAGAUCAAGGUAAGGGAGGCCACCUCCAACGACCCAUGGGGCCCCAGCAGCUCCCUGAUGUCGGAGAUCGCAGACUUGACCUACAACGUGGUGGCCUUCUCUGAGAUCAUGAGCAUGGUGUGGAAACGCCUCAACGACCACGGCAAGAACUGGAGGCACGUUUACAAGGCUAUGACUCUUAUGGAGUACCUGAUCAAGACGGGCUCGGAGCGCGUGGCUCAGCAGUGCAGAGAGAACAUCUACGCUGUCCAGACCCUGAAGGACUUCCAGUUCAUCGACAGAGACGGAAAAGACCAGGGGGUGAAUGUGCGGGAGAAAGCCAAGCAGCUGGUGACGCUGCUGAAAGAUGAGGAGAGAUUACGUGAGGAGAGGGUCCACGCGCUCAAAACCAAAGAGAAGAUGGCACAAACCACCAGUGCCUCCUCGGCCCCCCCAGCGCCCGGUCUGGGGGGCAGCCUGUCGUUGGGCUCCCACUCCGGAGGGGCGGACCCGGAGCAAGCCUGGCCACAGAGCUCCGGAGAGGAAGACCUGCAGCUCCAGCUGGCAUUGGCCAUGAGCAAAGAGGAGGCGGAGCAGCCUAUCACGGCCCCCCUGGAGGACGCAGAGCUUCACUAUGCUCUCUCACUCAGCAAGGAGAUACACCAAAAGGAGGAGAGGCUACGCAGGGGAGAUGACCUGAGACUGCAGAUGGCCAUCGAGGAGAGCAGGAGGGAGAAGACGAAACCAGAGAGUGCACUUAUGGAGCUGAGUGCUGUAGACCCCUGGGGGGCCCCUGCCGCUGGCCCCGUCGGCUCUGCCGGCCCCUCUCCCCCUCCCACAGUCGCUGCCCCCCCUCAGCCUCGGGCCCCUGGGGCCCCCCCGGACCCCUGGGGAGCCGCCUCGCCGUCCUCGCCCCCCAGCGCCGACCCCUGGGGCGGGGGGGCCCCGCCCACGAUAGCUCCGCCUCCGGACCCCUGGGGAGAGAGCUCAGCCAGAGUGAACAACGUGGACCCCUGGGGACCCUCAGGUGACUGUGACCCCCCCCCCAGUGCCGACCCCCUGGGGACCCCCCCGUGCCUCUCAGCACCUCCUCCUCGGGGGGGGCCCGUAGACCCCUGGGCAGGAGAUGGGGUUGCCUCUGACCCAAUCACCUCUGACCCCUGGAGUGGCCUCUCCAAACACACUAACGGCACAGGAGACCCAGAGCGACGAGGCUCCUCGGUAACCGGUGGCGACAGCGCGGGGUCUCCGGUGCCCUUUGACCUGUCGUCUCUGGGCUCUGCUCUUCCUGUUCGUAAGACUCCGGAGUCGUUCCUGGGGCCCAACGCAGCGCUGGUGGACCUGGACGCCCUUGUGUCCUCCAAACCCAAGCCCAAACAGCCGCCCCCGCCCUCCAUCUCGUCCUCCGCACACAACCCCUUCCUCCAGACCACAGGCUCGUCUCCAGCUCCAGGCAUGGCCGUCACCCCAGGCAGCACCAUCUCCAGCAGGGGAGUCUCCCCAAACGCCUCCCCCCUCCUCCAACCCCGUUUGGCGUGGCUGCCCCCCAUGGCCUCCAUAUCCCCCCAGCCCUCCUCGCUGGCCUGAGUGCCCUCCGCUCCCAGCCCUGUGCCACCUAACCACAUGCUGGGCAUGGUGCCUCCGGGCAUGGGCAUGGGGCCCAUGGGCAUGGGGGUAGGGAUGGGCGCCCCCAGUAUGGGCCUGGGCAUGCCCUACGGGGGGCUGUCGCCCAUGGGGGGCCCCCCGGAACCGGCUCUGUUCAUGGGGCCCGGAGGUGCUUGCUCCCUCCUCAGUUGAUUUUGGGGGGGCCCCGCUGGAGUAGGAGGAGUGAUGGGGGCCGGGGGGGCGGUGGGGGGGGCGGGAACGACAGGAGCCAGCACCAACCCAUUUCUUCUCUGAGGAAACCCCCACGUCCCCCUCUCCUGUCUUACCUACUGACCCCCAAUCAAUCCCCCCCUUCAACACAAACAGUUUUGUGUCCAAAAAGAAAUGUGUACAUUUCGAUAUUUAAAGAAAAACAAUCGACAUUUUACGUAUUUUUUUCCUUUCAAUCAAAAGCAUUUCACUUUUUUUUCCUUUACAUUUUCUUUUUCUUUUUUUUAUGUGGUUUCUUCUUCAUUUCAAAGUGGUAUUGUGGGCGAGAACUAGAAGUUUAUUUAUUUUUGCUUACAAUAAUUUUUUGUUUUUAAAUGUUGUUUCGUUUUUUUUUCCCCCCCCCCAUCAUUUCUGAUAUAAAGCUGAGUUUGUGAGGACAGAGAAAAUCCCCCCAGAACUCAUCAGUCUGCAAGAGCCUAAUAUUCCAGCACUGACCAAGAGAGAAAGAGAUGAAGAGAAUGGGGCAUAGCCACUAACAAACUGAACUGAUUCAAACUCCAUUACCUGCGUCUUCUCUUUUCCUCUUAGAUCAAGAGAAAAGAUAAACACUGAAUCGAGUGCAUGAAGGAUUUUUUUUUUUUGAACUCCUCGCUGAGUUUGGGACUGGAAAAAACUUACAUUAACAUUUCUGGCUCAAUGUGGUCAAAUCAUUCAGUAGCUAUUUUACCAUCUAAUUUAAUGUUUAUUGUAAUUUAUAUUUUGUUUUUAUUUUUCCGCAUCCGUGGGGGGGGGGGG